GUGGGAGCUUUCAGAGCGGGUUUCGGUGGCGGGGGAGGGGGGAACAGAUUUGUGUGAAGGACCUGAAGCAGUUUUUAUUUCUGACUGUCUGAACCAUGAACCCUGUUUUAACGAAGGUCCUGUGUGUCAGACAAGUAACCCUCUUAAAACAAGCUGCAGCUACAGUCUUCAGGUUAACAUCCGUCAGACAGCCUCCUUUGUGGUUUACAGAUAAUAUCCUAACCAGCAAGAGACAUUACAGGUCGAUGCCCACCCAUGGGAUUGGAAGGUAUAAAUACUUACUGCCAAGAGAAGUGCCACGGAAGAAAAGAGAGAAGUUGCAGAUGAAGCAGCUAAAGCCUGGCACUGACACAGAAUAUGGUGUCCUAAAUAUCCAACUUACCGGCUAUGACAUGACACUUGUAGAACACUACAGUCAGUACAUUCACCGGCUCUGCAAUCAACUAAAGAUCAAAGUGGAGGAAAGCUAUGCAAUGCCUACUAAGUCCACUGAGAUCUCAGUGUUGCAGGAACAGGGCACUAAGAUGAAUGUGGAAGGUGUUAUUCACUCUCAUGAGAGAAUUGUACAGGUUAGUGGUUUGAGUUCAGCUCUCGCCCCAAUUGUUUUGGAAGUCCUUAAGACUAAUCAGCCAGAAGGUGUGCAGCUGUGCAUCAAGGAGCAUACUGAAGCUGAUUUCAAUGCCCGGUUCAAGGCUCGACCAGAAUUAGAAGGACUGAUAGCACAGAUAAGUUAAGAAGAAAACUAGAAGGGAGGUGACCAUUUUGGCUCAAAGAUCAUACACCAGGCCAGAGGCUACUGUAUGUGGUGACGUCGGGAGCUGUGAUUAUUACAUAUUAUUUUCAAUCAUUGUUUCAAGGACUUGGGAGCAAGCAGCUAAAAGUAAUGUACAUGAAUUGUGUGAUAUGUUACUAAUAAAAAGGAUUCUAAAGAGA